ACACGAGAUUUUUAUUUUUUUGGUUCGCGCAGCAAUCGCGUCGUUCGUCCCGACCUCUGCAGCAACGUUAACCCUUUUUUUUUGGGUACGUGUUCAUCCGUUGCCAUCAAGUUUGGAGCUCUAACAUCACAGAUUCUUCAGCGGCGCCUUCGCAUUUGCAGCAUCACGCCGCGCUCGUGACUAAUUGAUCGAUCGAUCUCACCAGCACAAGGGUAACAAGGAGAAGGGGGAAGAGAAAGCAUAAAGGAAGGAAGGAAGGAAGGGAGGGAUAAAAUUAAUUCCCUAUUUUUUUUUUCUCGAUGGGCAAUUCAAGCUGAGAUAAUCGCAUCCAAGAGAGAUUCAUCGAGGCCAUGCCAAUGUCAAUUGUGUCAGGGGAGAGCAUAGUGGCACCUCUGAGCAGUGACCUCUUGUAUGACAUACUACAACGUCUGGAUGGUGCAACGCUGGCAAGAGCUGCAUGUGCCUGUGCUGACUUCAGUUCCAUAUCGAAAGAAGAAGCAUUGUGGGAAAAUGUAUGUAGAUCUCUAUGGCCUUCAACAAACAGAGAAGAUGUCAGAAGUUUAAUUUCUUCCAUAGGUGGAUUCAGAAAGUUCUAUGCCGAUUGCUUUCCCCUUAUCGUGAACAAAGAUGUCCCCCCAGUGCGGGCAAAUGCAGACCUACCAUAUCCUGAAGAUUGGAUUGACGAUUACUACUAUGAGGAUUUCCAUGAAUCAGAGGACCUCUCUCCAUCUGACUUUGUUUCCAUUGUGGACGUCAAGUACAGAGAUAAACCAGUUUAUUCUAAGGUCAUAUGGGGAAUCCCCAACUCAGGAAGCUUCAACGGUUGGUUUUACAACUGUCCAUUUCGAAUUGAUCUGCUGACUCAUUCCAGUGGUGAUGUCAGUGGUGGUGAUCAGGUCUUUCUGUCUAUUUCUGAUGGGUUGCCUUCCAUUGAAUCGAUAGAGAGGGAAAGAAAAGAUGGGAGGCUAUGGAGAGAGCUGCAAGAUGGAGUCAGGCUGAGUUGGAUCAUUGUGAACAAGAGAUUGAGACAAGCCGCAAAUGUUGCCAGCUGGAGUCCGCUGAGCGGGCAGAGGCACUGGCCCACUGACAGGGAUUUCUUGCUGCGAUUUGGCUCGAUUCUUCCUGCGAAGAGCAUCCUUCCUUGCCAGGUGGCGGAAUGCAUACUCGUUUUGAAAUUUAGAGUGAAUGACGUUGGAAACGGGGUACCAACACUGAAGUUGAGGGAGUUGAGCAUGCAGUUGGAAGAUGUGAGAGGAGCUCAUGUGAAUGGAUGGAACAGUCUGCUUGUUCUCAAGGAAGCUCUCAGCUGCCAGAGGAGUAAAAAUCACAGUGAGGUUUUGGCGUCUUGUCACUUGUACCUCAAAGCUCAGACUGAACUUAGGGAAGAGAUGAUGAGGAACGAGACCUGGUUCGAUAGGCUGUGUAUUUUCACUAGCAUUGCUGCAUUUGCCACCAUCUGCUACAGUGUUCUGUGAAACUCCUAGUCUCUCCCCUGCAUUUUUGCUAGUUAUGCUUUUUGGUGUGUAUCGAGACAUUUCAUGGCAUAACAGCGGUUAUUGUACCGUUUCUAAGAAGUAGAAAUAUGUGAUUCUUUGUGUUGCA